AUGGAGAAUAUUUUGGUAGAAGCAUCUUUUGCAAGAGCAAAUAAGUCAUGGUUAAAAACUGCUAAAGAUCCAGAGUCAAGAUGUUAUUGGUUAAUUAACCAUUAUGGAAAAGCACAUUCAUUGUUUUUCGCGGUGUAUUUUGGACCAAGUUUCAUUAGUGUUGACUUGGUAGAUUGUGCUUUGAAAAACGAUGCGAUAUUAUCGCAAUAUUUUCUUCAAGUACUCAUGAAAUGCUAUGGGAGGUAUGAGGGAUCUGAUUAUAGUAAAUUUGAAAAAUCGUGGGGUUCAGAUUUACCGCUAGAUGUCUAUAAAAAAUUAUUAGCAGAAGGAAAUCGUAGAUGGAAUGGAGAUUUUUGUUUAAAUGGUAAUGAUCUUGAAAAUUUUUGUUCCUUGAAUAAACCUGAUAAGAUGACUGAUGCAUUUGAAAAUGCAGAAACAUUGAGAAUGGUGUCUAAGGCAAUUAUUGCUCACCCAGAAUUAGUUGACAUGUGGAAAGAAAUUGGUUAUGAGUCAAUUUGUUAUGAUUAUAAAGAAUGCUUGUUUGAAAUCAUUGGAGGUGGAGGGAACUUGGAGCAAACCACCUGUGUUCUAGAUUUUUUAUUUCAACAAAUUGAAGGAAGUCCAGAAAAUAUUUUUCUAAAAAUUUUAAAACAUUAUAAAAUUGGAGAAACCAAUGUUAGAAAUGUUAAUGUCAAUGAUGAAAACUUGGAACACUUGAAACUUUUUUCAUUUGAUUUGUGUAUUUAUCAAUGGAUAUUGGAAAAUUUCAAGCCUUAUCCAAUCAUUAUAUCAAAAUGCUUUGUUGAAAUUUUAUUAACUAAAAGUUAUUUUGAUUCAAAUUCUUCAAUUUUAACAA